CUGCAGGGGGUGCGCAUGCGUAGUGCAUUUCUUGCAGCGCGUUAAUUUGAACGGACUCCCACACGUGUGUUUGUGUGUGAGAGAAUGUUUGUUUUGUUUGUUUGUUUAUUUGUGUGUGUAAUAGUGUAGUAGAGAGUGUUAUUGUGUCUGUGUGUGUGAGAGAGAGAAAAGGGAAAGAGAGAGAGAGUUUGUAACAGUGUGUGUGUGUGUGUGUGUGUGUGUGAGAUUGUUUGUUUGUAUGUGAAAUACAGUAGUGUAGGAGAAAGAGUGUUAUCGUGCUUGUGUGUGUGAGAGAGUGAGUGUUUGUAACAGUGUGUGUGUGUGUGUGUGUGUAUGUGUGUGUGUGUGUGUGUGUGUGUGUGUGUGUGUGUGUGUGUGUGUGUGUGUGUGUGUGUGUGUGUGUGUGUGUGUGUGUGUGUGUGUGUUGUGUGUGUGUGUGUGUGAGAGAGAGAGAGUGUUUGUGACGGUAUGUGUGUGAGAGAGAGAAAGAGUGUUUGAAACAGUGUGUGUGAGACAAAAAGGGAAAGAGAGUUUGUAACAGUGUGUGUGUGUGUGUGCGUGAGCGUGUGCGUGUGCUAUUGUGUGUGUGAGAGUUAUUGUGCGUGUGUGUUAUUUUAUGUAUGUAUGUAUGUGUGUGAGAGAGAGUGUAAUAGUGUGUGUGUUAUAGUUUGUGAUGGUGUUUGUUAGAGUGUGCAUAUGUAAUAUUGGGUAUGUAAUAGUGUAUGUUAUAGUGUGUGUAUAAUAGUGUGAGCAUGUCAUAGUUUGUGAUGGUGUAUGUUUUAGUGUGCAUAUAUAGUAGUUUAUGUAUGUAAUAUAGUAUGUUACAGUGUGUGUAUGUUAUAGUGUGUGCAUGCUAUAGUUUGUGUGAGUCAUAGUUUGUGUGUAAUAGUGUGUGUAUGUUAUAGUUUUUUAUGUUAUAGUGUGUGUUAGUAUGUGUGUGUGAUGGUGUGUAAUCCGGGGAUUAGAGCUGAGCUGUUUGUGUGUGUGUGAGUGUGAGAGAAUGUGGGCGUGGUUUGGUCAGUGCUGCCCCCGGUCUGGCGCUGACCACCUGCACAUUCACUGUGAGAGUAGAGGAGUGAGGGGAGGGAUGCAGUGAUGGUCAGGAUGCUGCGCGGGUACAGACCGGCUCCUGUCUCUAAUAGCACUUUCUCGUUCUGUGGGACUGAUAACUCCUCGGCGUAUAAGGUGGAUAACGGGCUGUUGAAUAAUGGCUGUUUCCUGGACGCUCUGGGAGUCGUCCCACACGUCUUCCUCCUCUUCAGCACUUUCCCCAUCCUCUUCAUCGGUUGGGGCAGUCAAAGCGCUAAGGUCCAUAUUCACCACAGUACCUGGCUGCACUUCCCGGGCCAUAACGUCCGCUGGCUGCUCACCACCACCCUACUGUUCGUACUGGUGUGUGAGGUGGCUGAGGGCAUCGUCUCGGACGGGUUUAACCAGUCCCGCCAUGUUCACCUCUACAUGCCCCCCGGACUGGGCAUACUGGCUGCCAUCACCUCCAUCAUCUAUUACCACAAUAUAGAGACCUCCAACUUCCCCAACCUACUGUUAGCGCUGCUUAUCUACUGGAUUUUGGCUUUUGUUACUAAAACCAUCAAGUUUGCCAAGUAUAAUGAGCAUGAUAUCGGUGUUGGGCAGCUCCGCUUCUGCAUCACCGGCCUGCUGGCUCUGAUCUACGGCCUUCUGCUGGCUGUGGAGGUCAAUGUUAUCAUAUGCUGGCGCUACGUGUUUUUCCCCCAUCCCACCGAGCUGAAGCCCCCCAAAGACCUGCAGGACCUGGGGGUCCGCUUCCUCCAGCCCUUCGUCAACCUGCUGUCCAAGAGCACGUACUGGUGGAUGAACACCUUCAUCACGUCUGCCCACCAGCGGCCCAUCGACCUGAAAACCAUCGGCAAGCUGCCCAUCUCCGUCAGAGCCAUCACCAACUACCAGAAGCUCCGCAAGGCCUUCGAUGCACAGAAGGAGAGAGGGGUUACCCCGGCGCAGGGUUCGAGGUGGAUAUGGCACGCUCUGCGGCAGGCGUUCGGCAGACCUCUGCUCCUCAGCAUCACCUUCCGAAUCCUGGCUGAUCUGCUGGGGUUCGCCGGACCUCUCUGCAUCUCCGGCAUCGUCCACCACAUCAGCCGCGACAACCACACCAUCAACCCCCCGGUGAAGGUGCUCGGGGUUCACUUCAUUUCCUCUCAGGCGUUCCUGGCGAACGCCUACGUGUUGGCGGUGCUGCUGUUCCUGGCUCUGCUCCUCCAGAGGACCCUCCUGCAGGCCUCUUAUUAUGUAGCCAUCGAGACCGGCAUCAAACUCAGAGGAGCUAUUCAGUGUAAGAUCUAUAAUAAGAUCAUGCGUCUCUGCACCUCCAACAUGUCCAUGGGGGGCGUGACCGUCUCUCAGAUCUGUAACCUGGUGGCCAGAGAUACCAACCAGCUCAUGUGGUUCUUCUUCCUGUGCCCCAACCUGUGGGCCAUGCCAGUACAGAUUACGGUUGGUGUGAUGUUGCUGUAUUACCUGCUGGGGAUCAGCGCUCUGAUUGGUGCAGCCGUGAUCACUGUUCUGGCCCCUAUACAGUACUUUUUAGCCACUAAGCUCUCUCGAGCACAGAAGAGCACUCUGGAGUACUCCAGCGAGAGGCUGAAGAAGACUAACGAGUUGCUGAGGGGUAUUAAGCUGCUGAAGCUGUACGCCUGGGAGCACAUCUUCAGAUCCAGUGUGGAGGAAACUCGACAGAAGGAGCUGGGAAGCCUCCGAGCCUUCACCCUCUACACAUCCCUCUCCAUUUUCAUGAAUGCAGCCAUUCCAAUCACAGCAGUUCUGACUACGUUUGUGGUGCACGUUAACGUUCAGAGAUCAGCUGAUCCGGAUCUGUCUCCGGCCGUGGCCUUCGCCUCGCUCUCGCUCUUCCACAUCCUGGUCACGCCCCUCUUCCUGCUCUCCAGCGUCCUGCACUCCACCGUUAAAGCCCUCGUCAGUAUACAGAAAGUUGGUGAAUUUCUCUCCAGUGGGGAGAUUGAACUCGAUCAUGAACCCAAAACACCUUCACCCACCAACACAGGCAACCACAGCCAGAUCAAAUCCGUGUACAUGCUGCAGCUCCAGGCCUCCAGACUGGUGAACCGUAAGAAUAAAGCCAAGCAGGACGAGAACAGCAACCUGACCCAGCAGGACCAGGACCUGAACUCCUCCACUAGAGAGGAGAACAUCUGUAUCAGGAUCGUAAAUGGAUAUUUUACCUGGACGCCUGGAUCCCCAACACUGACCAACAUUGACAUUCAAGUUCCGUUUGGUCAGUUGACGAUGAUUGUGGGUCAGGUGGGUUGUGGAAAGUCCUCUCUGUUGCUGGCUGCUCUGGGAGAGAUGCAGAAGAUCUCAGGACGAGUGAUAUGGAACAGAUUACCAGAUCAGGAAGAGGAAGGAAAUGACAGGCUGAACGGAAAUCCUGUCGCCGAAGCUAAAUCACCAGAUAAGAGGGAUCCCGUGGCGUACGCGUCUCAGAGGCCUUGGCUCCUCAACGCCACGGUGGAGGAGAACAUCCUGUUCGACACGGCACCCAACGAGAAACGGUAUAAGGAGGUGAUCGAGGUCUGCCAGCUGCAGCCGGAUAUCGACACUCUUCCUCAGGGAGAUCAGACGGUGGUGGGAGAGAGGGGUAUUAUACUCUCCGGGGGACAGCGCCAGAGGAUCAGUUUGGCGAGGGCUCUUUAUCAGGAGACCAGCGUGGUGUUCCUGGACGACCCGUUCUCAGCGCUGGAUAUUCACCUGAGUGAUCACCUGAUGCAGGAGGGCAUUCUGAAGCUCCUCAGGCAGGAGAGGAGGACCGUGGUGUUAGUGACCCACAAACUGCAGUACUUACCCCACGCUGACUGGAUCAUCGCUAUGAAGGACGGGACGGUCCAGGCCCAGGGGACAAUAAAGGACAUCCAGUAUGAAGAACCAGAACUGUACCAGCAGUGGAGAACCCUGAUGAACAGACAAGACAAGGAGAACAGUGUGGAGCUGAAGAGGAAGAGCUUCAGACGACCCAUGUACUCUACAGACACACUCGCUACUGAAGACGAAGAUGAAGACGGCUCCAUGACGACAGACGAGGACAGUCUAGGGGCGGAGCUGGAUCAGAGGGCCACUAUCCCGUGGAGUUCUUUCGGGACGUACCUGCGGGCGGCCGGGGUCCUGCUGCUCCCCCUGCUGGUUCUGUCCCAGCUCACCAAGCACACCCUCAUGCUGUCUAUAGACUACUGGCUCGCUCACUGGACCUCUCAGGCCAUCGCUGCCCGGAGACAUGCCGGCGAUACCAACUGCACCGCGCCACAGGUGUGUGUGUUCAGUCACGCUCCGUAUCUGCAGGUGUUCUGUGUGCUGUGUUGUUUGGGUAUAGUGCUGUGUUUGGUCAGUUCUCUGGCUGUAGAGUGGACGGGUCUCCGAGUGGCUAAAGAGCUUCACUGCAGUCUCCUCCGCAUCAUCGUCCUCGCGCCCAUGAGGUUGUUUGAGACGACUCCUCUCGGGAAUAUUCUGAACCGAUUCUCUGGAGACACAAACACUAUUGAUCAGCACAUCCCGGUGACUCUGGAGUGUUUGAGUCGUUCGACUCUGCUGUGUGUGUCGGCGGUGGGAGUGAUCUCCUUCGUCACGCCCGUCUUCCUCAUCGCUCUGCUCCCAUUGGCUGUUGCCUAUUACUUCAUCCAGAAAUACUUCCGCAUGGCUUCCAGGGAUCUGCAGCAGUUAGAAGACAGCACCCAGAUCCCCCUGCUGUCCCAUUUCUCCCAGACUAUAGAAGGCCUGAUCACCAUCAGAGCGUUCAGGCACGAGCAGAGAUUUAGAAAGAAGCUUCUGGAGUACACAGACGCCAACAACAUCGCCUCCCUCUUCCUCACCGCAGCCAAUCGCUGGCUCGAAGUUCGCAUGGAGUAUAUCGGGGCGUUCGUGGUGCUGAUAGCAGCUGUGGCCUCCAUCACCAGCGCUCUGUACAGCGAGCUCUCUGCUGGAUUAGUGGGCCUGGGCCUCACAUAUGCUCUGAUGGUCUCUAACUAUCUGAACUGGAUGGUGAGGAAUCUGGCGGAUAUGGAGGUGCAGCUGGGCUGUGUGAAGAGGAUCAGCAGUCUGCUCCACACCGAACCCGAAAACUACACCGGAGACCUGACUCCAGCUCAGGUUCCGUCUCUGUGGCCGAAGUACGGCGAGAUCCAGAUCGAGAACCUGAGCGUUGGGUACGGCUCCAGCCUGAAACCGGUCCUGAAACGCGUCAACGCCCACAUUAAACCCGGACAAAAGGUGGGGAUCUGUGGGAGAACAGGAAGUGGGAAGUCGUCCUUCUCUUUGGCUCUUUUCCGAUUGGUGGAUCAGUUUGAAGGUCGGAUUAUUAUUGAUGGUAUUGAUAUCGCUAAGCUGCCGCUGCAGACGCUGCGCUCCCGAUUCUCCAUCAUCCCCCAAGAUCCUUUUCUCUUCAGCGGAACCAUCCGGUUUAAUCUGGAUCCAGAGAGGAGAGCUACAGACCGGACGCUGUGGGAGGCGCUGGAGAUCGCCCAGCUGAUGCCCGUCGUUAAAGCUCUGCCCGGAGGACUGGACGCCACGGUGACGGAGGGCGGGGAGAACUUCAGUCAGGGGCAGCGGCAGCUCUUCUGUCUGGCACGAGCGUUCGUCCGCAAGAGCAGCAUCCUCAUCAUGGACGAAGCCACCGCCUCCAUCGACAUGGCAACCGAGAGUAUUCUGCAGAAGGUGGUUCUGACGGCGUUUGGGGAUCGGACCGUGGUGAACAUUGCUCACCGAGUUCACACUAUCCUGGAGUCGGACGUGGUGAUCGUGAUGAAACACGGAGGGAUACUGGAGUACGCCGCUCCCGACGUCCUGCUGGAGCAGAAGGACAGCGUCUUCUCCUGCUUCGUCCGAGCAGACAAGUGAACGAGUGGAGGAGUGAACGAAUGGAGGAGUGGACAUGUGGACUUAUAAAGAGUGCAAGUGAAAGGUAAGAAUGAAACAAACGGACAAGGGAACGAGCGAUUUCACCGACAAGUGAAAGAACUGAAUAGCAAACAAACAGACAAGUGAAAGGGAAUAAUGGAAGAGCUGAACAAGUAAAUAAGUGGACGGAUUAAAGAGUGGAUGAAUGGAAAAAAAAAAA